AUGGCUUUUAAUUUUGACAGUGGACAGUUCAAUAGAGAAUCUACCCCAAAACGUCUCGGCAACUGGCAAGUACCGCGUUGGGCACCAACGAGAGCGCGGCCCCUCGAAAUGCGGCCUGAUCCAAAACCAAUUUGCGACUUAAAUGGACACUUCUUGCCCGGUGCUCCCCGGGGGACGUCGAGGUGUUUCGGACAUUAUACCGGCACAUGGGACUUGCCGAAGAAAAUUACGAGGAAAGUCGCCGAAGAGUUGGCGAAGGAGCCACCGGCUGGUAGAUUCCCAGAUUGGAUUAAUCUUCGAGUUCAGAGGCCUAAAGUUAUAAGCAAGGCGAAAACGCGCGUGCGCGGUUCAAAGGCGAAAGAAACUACAGAUGCCGAGGAACAGUCGUUUAAACCCAAGCAAUGCCCACUACACGCACGCAGGCCUAAGCACUCGCAGAAAAAAUAA